GUUAAAUAUUUUUGGCUAGUAAUGAGUAUUUCGUUAAUUCAGUUUUCAUGGACGAGUAUUUAAAGACAACUGGCCCGAUAACGUCAAAGAAAGAAGAAGAAUCGUGUUAUUCUGUUGAAAACCCAAUUUUUAUAAAUUUGAAAAAACUCUAAAGAAACAUAGCGCUUUCGAUGUGCGAAUGUUAUGUCGCCGCUAUAAAAAGGACUAUAACCGAACCAAAUGUGAACAGCAGGGGCGGGUUCAAUUUUUAAAUAAAUCCACUGUUUUAUGCGAAACGUGGAUACGUUACAAUGGAAAUGGACAUAAUAUUAGUAAGCAUUUCGAAUAAAAAUGACACCCAUUUGCAAUGACGUCGCUUAUUUAUCUAGUCAACGAAAUUAAAAGUCUGAACGGCAACGUCGGGCCACAGUCGAAAAUUUAGAGCUUUCUAAAAAUUCGAGUGCCUUAGAUAAGAUCGCCUGGAAGAUUGAUUGUUGGGUUAUGUGUGCGUUUUCAAUUUUACGGUAGAAAGAAUUGAAAUUUCCGUCACCAGAGAAAUGGGCGACUCUAUUGAAAAUGGUGCUGUUGAAAAUCAACUAUUAGAAUUAGCCAAGUCUAAACCGGAAGGAGUAUCUAAUAAAGACCUUAAGGACCACCUGCCAGACGUACCGCUUGCGGACAUUACCCGAAUCAUUAACAAGUGUUUAAGGAGCGGCAUCUUAGAGCUCUUUCAAACCAAGGACAGUCUGUUGUACAAAUACAAAGACCCUUCCCAAAAGGUCGCGUCGAAGGGCGCCGAUAGCGAAGAGAAGGUCGUGUACAAGAUAAUCGAGGAAGCCGGUAAUAAGGGAAUAUGGAUAAGGGAUAUCCGAUUUAAGUCGAACUUAAAUAUGACGCAGCUCAAUAAAGUGCUUAAAAGCUUGGAGACCAAGAAGUUUAUUAAGGCGGUAAAGUCAGUCUCGGCCAGCAAAAAGAAAGUGUAUAUGCUUUACGAACUGGAGCCGGACAGCUCGGUCACGGGAGGUGCGUGGUACCAAGACCAAGAUUUCGAAUCGGAGUUUGUCGACGUGCUUAAUCAACAAUGUCACCGAUAUCUGGUACAAAAAUUCGAAGACGCUUUGACGCAGGGCGGAGGCCCGCUCCUUAUCAGGAAUCGUAGUUACGCGACCGCGGGAGACGUGCAUCAAUUCAUUUCCGAUUUGGGGAUAAGUAAAGUGUCCCUGAGCAUUACCGACAUCGAAAGUAUCCUUUACACGGUCGUAUUAGACAACAAUGCGGAAAGGAUCGUCGCUCCCAAUGGCUCGUUCGUUUACAAGGCCGUGAAUCGAUUUUUGCCCCCGCAAGGAAUAGUGAAAACAACUUGCGGCGUGUGUUUGAUUGCCAAUCGUUGCGCCAGCACUGGAUUAAUUAAUCCCAAGGUGUGCACGUACCUUACAGAUUGGUUAAACGAAUAGUUGUGUUUUAAUAAUUAGUUUCCCUCGUUAAUAAAUGUAUGUUCCAAAUAUAAAAACGCUUCCAGUUUCUCAAUGCCUACACCGACACCAACGGAUUUUCUUUGGUUUCAAAUAAGUCCCCUAGAGCCAUGCCUAAAAACGUCAACACCCUUGAACCCAAAUUGGUGAGUU